AUGAGUGCUGCUGCUGAAGUUACUGAGCAGGUGAAGAAAAUGUCUGUUGACGACAAGAAACCAAAGGUUCAGAAGAAAUCCAAGCAACAAAUGCUUUAUAUGGAUCCAGAACCACAAUUUAUUCAAGAAAGAAUCGAAUUUUUCGAAAAACUACAAAGGGAAUACCAUGAAAAGAUCUCUUCUUUGGGACGUAACCCUAUCAAGAUUGUCUUAAAAGAUGGUUCCAUCAAAGUAGGUACUUCAUGGGAAACUACUCCAUUGGAUAUCGCUAGAGAAAUCUCUAAAUCUUUAGCUGAUAGAUUAUGUAUCGCCAAGGUCAAUGGUCAAUUGUGGGAUUUAGAAAGACCUUUUGAAGGCGAAUCAAAUGAAGAACUCAAAUUGGAAUUAUUAGACUUCGAAUCGGAUGAAGGUAAGAGGGUCUUCUGGCAUUCUUCUGCUCACGUCUUAGGUGAAGCUUGUGAAUGUAACUUAGGUGCUCACAUCUGUUUAGGUCCACCAACUGAUGACGGUUUCUUCUAUGAAUUCGCCACCAGAGACAGUUUGAGAGAUCCCUCUGAAUGUGAAGAAAGAACCGUCUCUCAAGCUGAUUUCCCAAAUUUGGAAGGUGUUGCCAAGGAUGUCAUUAAACAAAAGCAAAAAUUCGAAAGAUUAGUCAUGUCUAAAGAAGAUUUAUUGAAAAUGUUCCAUUACUCCAAGUAUAAGACCUAUUUGGUUCAAACUAAAAUCCCAGAUGGCGGUGCCACCACCGUUUACCGUUGUGGUAAAUUAAUUGAUUUAUGUGUUGGUCCACAUAUUCCACAUACUGGUCGUAUCAAGGCUUUCAAACUAUUAAAGAACUCUUCUUGUUACUUCCUAGGUGAUGCUGAAAACGAUUCUUUACAAAGAGUCUACGGUGUCUCUUUCCCAGAUAAAAAAUUAAUGGAUGCUCAUUUGAAAUUCCUUGAAGAAGCUCAAAAGAGAGACCAUAGAAAAUUAGGAAGAGAACAAGAACUAUUCAUGUUUAAUGAAAUGUCUCCAGGUUCUGCUUUCUGGUUACCUCACGGUACUAGAAUUUACAACACUUUAGUAGACUUAUUAAGAGGUGAAUACCGUAAGAGAGGUUACGAAGAAGUCAUUACUCCAAACAUGUACAACUCUAAAUUAUGGGAAACUUCCGGUCACUGGGCAAACUACAAGGAAAAUAUGUUCUCCUUUGAAGUUGAAAAGGAAACUUAUGGUUUAAAACCAAUGAACUGUCCAGGUCAUUGUUUAAUGUUCAAGUCUAGAGAACGCUCUUACAGAGAAUUACCAUGGAGAGUCGCGGAUUUCGGUGUCAUUCACAGAAACGAAUUCUCUGGUGCUUUAUCUGGUUUAACUCGUGUUAGAAGAUUUCAACAAGAUGAUGCACACAUCUUCUGUACCCAAGAUCAAAUUGAAUCUGAAAUUGAAAAUAUUUUCGAUUUCUUGAAAUUCGUUUACGGUGUAUUUGGUUUCGAAUUCAAGAUGGAAUUAUCAACUAGACCAGAAAAAUAUGUCGGUGAAUUAGAAACUUGGAAUGCUGCCGAAAAGAAAUUAGAAUCCGCUUUGAACAAAUGGGGUGGUAACUGGGAAUUGAAUCCAGGUGAUGGUGCUUUCUAUGGUCCAAAGAUUGAUAUCAUGAUUUCUGACGCUUUAAGAAGAUGGCAUCAAUGUGCUACCAUCCAAUUAGAUUUCCAAUUGCCAAAUAGAUUCGAGUUAGAAUUUAAAGCAAAGGACAACAAGGAGGAAGCCAAUGAAAAUUAUGAAAGACCAGUCAUGAUCCAUCGUGCUAUCUUAGGUUCCGUUGAAAGAAUGACCGCUAUCUUAACUGAACAUUUUGCUGGUAAAUGGCCAUUCUGGUUAUCCCCACGUCAAGUCUUAGUUGUUCCGGUUGGUGUCAAAUAUCAAGAUUACGCACAGGAAGUUCGUGAUCAACUUCACGACGCUGGCUUCUACGCUGACGUCGAUUUAAGUGGUAACACCCUACAAAAGAAGGUUAGAAACGGUCAACUACUGAAAUAUAACUUCAUUUUCAUUGUCGGUGAACAAGAAAUGACCGAAAAAUCUGUUAAUAUCAGAAAUAGAGAUGUUAUGGAACAACAAGGUAAAAAUGCUACCAUUUCUCUUGCCACCGUUAUUGAACAAUUAAACAAUUUAAAGGAAGAAAAGAGAAAUGACAACAUGUUAAACUGA